UAUAAAAGGAAAAACUUUAGCAUUUUGCAUGUAUUUCCAAAUGGAAUUAACAACAUUCGCCACGUGUUUUAUAAUACUAAUUGGAUCUAACAUUUCUAGUGGUGCAGUUCAUGAGUGGGGAUAUCAUCAUGGCGUAGACCCAGAACAUUGGAAGGACUUAUUCCCGACCUGUGCUGGGAGGCAACAGUCUCCGAUAGAUAUCCGGACAAAUAAGGUUCAGACUGAUGCAAGAUUGGGAAAGUUUAAUUUCCGUGGGAUCUCAUUAGCUAGAGAUGUGAAACUUGAACUUCAGAACAACGGACAUGCCGUGCAAGUUGGCCUAAAAGGUCAUGGACUAGAGGUGUCUGGUGGUGGAUUACCUGAAACGUAUGUGGUGGAACAGUUCCACUUCCACUGGGGAUCAGAAGAUACCAGAGGAUCAGAACAUGAAAUCAAUGGGAAACAUUUCUCUAUGGAAAUGCAUGUAGUGAUGCAUACUGACAGAUUCUCCUCUGUUAAUGAGUCCAUGAAUUGUACCAAUGGUCUUGCUAUUUUAGGCUUCCUUUUUGAUGUUGGGCGACAUAAUCACAAGUUUGACGAGAUCAUCAAUCAUUUACAUGAUAUACAGCAUAAAGACGACCAUGUCGUUCUUAAAUCAUUCAACUUGACUUCGCUGUUUCCAUCAACGGACUGCUUCUACAGAUACUAUGGGAGUCUAACAACACCACCGUGCUAUGAAAGCGUUAUCUGGUCAAUUUUUAAACAACACAUUUAUAUUUCCAAGUAUCAGCUAAACCAGUUCCGACUUCUAGGGAAAAUACAUUUCAAUGGAACAGGUGAUCUUAUUAACAACUAUAUGAAUCCUCAACCAUUGAAUCAUCGGGUUGUCACCUCCAACAGCAAACGAUCCAUUACAUGUUCUUGUGGUGAGAAGUCGAAGACAAGAAGGGGUAAAAAGUUAAAGUCUAGAAGUGGCAAGAAGCCAAGGUCUAGAAGUAGCAAGAAGUCAAAGUCUAGAAAUAGAAAAAAGUCAAAGUCUAGAAGUAGCAAGAAGUCAAAGUCUAGUCGUGGCAAAAAGUCAAGGUCUAGAAGUAGCAAAAAGUCAAAGUCUAGUAGUGGCAAAAAGUCAAGGUCUAGAAGUAGCAAGAAGUCAAAGUCUAGAAGUGGCAAGAAUUCGAAAUCUAGAAGUGACAUAGGGUCAAACACUAGAAUUGGAAUAUGGUCAAAUACUAGAAGUGGCAUAUGGUCAAAGAUUAGAAGAGGCAUAUGGUCAAAGAUUAGAAGAGGAGACAGCGACAGCGACGAUCGAAUUGGAACUUAUUUGGCAAAUGGUGCAGUUCAUAAAUGGGGAUAUCAUCAUGGCGUAGACCCAGAACACUGGAAGAACUUAUUCCCGACAUGUGGUGGAGAGCAACAGUCUCCGAUAGAUAUUAAGACUUCUAAGGUCAAGACGGAUAGAAGUCUAGGACAGCUUGAUUUUAGUAAGCUAACGACGGAAAAGAAUGUCAAACUUGAAAUUCAGAAUAACGGACAUACUGUGGAAGUUGGCCUAAAGGGUCGAGGACUAAAAGUAUCUGGUGGUGGAUUACCAGGAACGUAUGUGGUGGAACAGUUCCAUUUCCACUGGGGAUCAGAAGAUACCAGAGGAUCAGAACAUGAAAUCAAUGGAAAACAUUACUCUAUGGAAAUGCACGUUGUAAUGCAUUCUGAUAGAUUCUCCUCUGUUAGUGAUGCCAUGAAUACUACAAAUGGUCUGGCUGUCUUGAGCUUCCUUUUUGAUAUUGGUAAACAUAAUCACAACUUUGACGAGAUCAUCUACCAUUUACAUUCAAUAGAACAUAGAGGUGGGCAUGUUAGUCUUCACUCAUUCAGCAUGACUUCUCUGUUCCCAUCAACAGAUUGCUUCUACAGAUACUAUGGUAGUCUGACAACACCAAUGUGUUAUGAAAGUGUUAUCUGGACAAUAUUUAAACAUCACAUUUAUAUUUCCGAGUCUCAGCUGAACCAGUUCCGACAUCUAGGGAGAACACAUUUCAUUGGAACAGGUGAUCUUAUUAACAACUAUAGGAAUCCUCAACCAUUGAAUCAUCGGGUUGUCACCUCAAACUGCAUUAGUUCCGGUUCUUCUUCUUGUGGUAGUGACAGUGACAGUGAUAGCGACAGUGACAAUGACAGCGACAGUAGCAACGACUGUGUUAGCGAUAAUGAUAGCGAUAGUGAUAGCGAUAGUGAUAGCGAUAGUGACAGUGACUCGGACGACAUAAAUAUUAUCACAGUGUUACGCAAUCAUUUCGAGUCGGAAACUAGAAAUGCUAAAAAGUUGGAGACUAAACAUGCUAAGAAGUUGGCUACUAACAGUGAUAAAAAGCCGAAGACUAAAAAUGCUAAGAAGCCGAAGACUAAAAAGGCUAAGAAGUUGAAGGCUAAACGUGUUAAGAAAUCAAAUACGAAAAGUGCUAAGAAGCUGAAGACUAAAAGUGCGAAUAAGCCGGAGAUUAACAGAUCUAAGAAGUUGGAGACCAUAAGUGCUAAGAUGUCGACGAUUAGAAUGAUAGAUAGUGACAGUGACCUUGACAAUUACAGUGACAGUGACAGUUAUGAUAACAGUGACAGUGCCAGUGACAGUGACAAUUACACAGACGAUACAAUAAUGGAGACAUAA